GAGACAUGACAUCUACCAGACCACCAGAGACUUCCUCCUUCACCCCUGGGGGAGCCACAGCCCCCAUCAGUAACCCAGCAGAUAUUGGGGUGAUUGUGGGGUACUUCCUCAUAGUCAUUGGAGUGGGACUUUGGUCCAUGCGCAGAGCUAAUCGAGGAACUGUCGGAGGAUACUUUCUGGCCGGAAGAAGCAUGACCUGGGGUCCAGUUGGGGCCUCUCUGUUUGCCAGUAACAUUGGCAGUGGGCACUUUGUGGGACUCGCAGGUACUGGAGCAGCAAGUGGACUGGCGGUGGCAGGAUUUGAGUGGAAUGCUCUCUUUGUGGUUUUACUUUUGGGUUGGCUUUUUGUCCCAGUUUAUCUGACAGCAGAGGUGGUCACAAUGCCAGAAUAUCUCAAGAAACGUUUUGGUGGUCAGAGAAUCCAGCUGUACUUGUCUCUCCUGUCCCUGGCCAUGUAUAUAUUCACCAAGAUCUCUGUCGACAUGUUUUCCGGAGCUGUGUUCAUACAGGUUGCUCUAGGCUGGAAUAUUUAUGUGUCUGUUAUUGCUUUGUUGGUUAUAACAACAAUAUACACAGUGACAGGUGGACUUGCUGCUCUCAUGUACACAGAUACUGUGCAGACAUUUGUAAUCAUCGGAGGAUCAUGUGUGCUCGCAGGGUAUGCAUUCCAGGCUGUCGGUGGCUAUGAUGCUCUCAUGGUUCAGUACAUGUCUGCAGUGCCUUCUGUUCUGGGUAAUGUGUCUGUAGCAUGUGCUUCUCCACGCCCUGAUGCUCUUCACCUGUUACGAGAUGCUCGUACUGGAGACCUCCCAUGGCCUGCCCUGAUUGUUGGAUUGACUAUUGUAUCCACGUGGUACUGGUGCAGUGAUCAGGUUAUUGUACAGCGUUGCCUGGCUGCCCGAUCACUUACGCAUGUUAAGCUGGGUUGUGUUCUAUGUGGAUAUCUGAAGAUUCUUCCUAUGUUUCUAAUGGUAAUGCCAGGAAUGAUAAGCAGGGUGUUAUACACAGAUGAGGUAGCCUGUGUGGAGCCUUCAGCUUGUCAGGCUGCAUGCGGUGCAGAUAUAGGAUGCUCAAACAUUGCAUAUCCAAAGCUGGUGGUACAACUGAUGCCAAAGGGUCUUCGAGGACUCAUGCUAGCUGUGAUGUUGGCGGCUCUCAUGAGCAGUCUUGCAUCAAUAUUUAACAGUAGCAGCACUCUCUUCACAAUGGAUGUCUGGAGAAGGCUGAGACCUCAGGCUGAGGACAAAGAAUUGCUGCUGGUUGGGAGGCUGUGGACAGUCUGUCUUGUGGCUUUCAGCAUUGCGUGGAUCCCUGUCGUUCAGGCUGCACAAGGUGGGCAGCUCUUUGAUUACAUUCAGUCAGUGGCAAGUUUUCUGGCUCCACCCAUUGCAGCAGUCUUUUUUCUAGCGUUGUUUGUAAAAAGAGUAAAUGAACCGGGUGCAUUUUGGGGGCUGGUUGGAGGGCUUCUACUGGGUUUGUGCCGAAUGGUGCCAGAAUUUGCCUUUGGUUCUGGAAGCUGCUCUUCUCCUAGCUCCUGUCCUGCCAUCAUUUGUGGGGUUCAUUAUCUCUACUUUGCAAUCAUCCUCUUUCUGUGCUCGGGGGCUAUAAUAUUGGGAGUAUCAUACUGCACUCCCCCAAUUCCUGAUGCCCAGCUUUAUCGUUUGGUGUUCAGUCUACGGCACAGUCAGGCACUAAGAGAAGAAAUUGGGGCUCCAGGCAUCAUCGAGUCACAUCCACAAGAAAAAGGCUCCUUUUUGCCUGACAUUCAAGAGUCUCCACCCUACGCCCGACUUGUGAACAUCAACGCCUUGAUCAUGAUGAGCUGCGCUAUCUUCCUUUGGGCAUAUUAUGCUUGACUCUGCAGGAGCAGGGUGGGUUGGUCUAUAGAGGGCAGUGGAAAAUUCCUAUAUGUAUAUUUUAUUAAAUAAACUCUAUGCCAUAGUC